CACUGCCAACUGGAGGGAGCACCAACACUGCGCUUAUUACACAGGACACGGAUCAUGCUUCUGCUCGCGGUCACCGUUUCCGUUGCCAACGUGUUUUUUGCUGUUGGAGUAGUUUGCAUGCCCCUGCCGGACCAGGGCCCCCAUUUAGCCCACAGCUGGGGCCAGAUGAUCCGGCUCAGGCACCUGUACGCCGCCAGGCCGGGACUGCACCUGUUGAUCAGCGGGGAUGGACAGAUCCACGGCUCUGCGCACCAGACUCCAUACAGCCUGCUGGAGAUCCGCUCAGUGGACCCGGGAUGUGUUGCCAUCAGAGGAGUAGCAGCUGCACGGUUUCUCUGCAUAGAAGGAGACGGACGGCUCUACUCAUCGCACACCUACAGCAGAGACGACUGCACCUUCAGAGAGCAGAUCCUGCCCGACGGGUACAACAUCUACGUCUCCGACAGCCACGGAGCCCUGCUCAGUCUGGGAAACCACCGGCAGAGGCAGCAGGGUCGAGACCGAGGUGUCCCAGCUCUGGCCCAGUUCCUCCCCAGGAUCAGCACCCUGGACUGGGCCUCAUCCCCCGAUCUGGACGUCCUCGACCAAACAGGACAGAGCGCAACAAAAACAGAAGAACCUGUUGACACGAUGGACUCCUUUGGAAAACUCUCUCAGAUCAUUCACAGCCCCAGUUUCCACAAGAGAUGAGACAGCAGCUUGGAGACACCAGGAGAUGCGUGUGUCCUGAGUGUUCUACUUUGUCUGAGGCCUGGAAAGUGGGUGUGGCUGGAGCAGCGACGUGAUCUGCUCACCAUCCCUACACGUCAGUCCACGAUCAGCCUCCUUCUCUCCCUUGGUCCGGGAGCAGACGCCCUAAAGAGAAUGCUAAGUUACCUUUAAGCUAGCUAUGAAGUGUGAAGUUAAAAGAGAGGUGGUUAAGGUUAAGGUCAGGGCAAGGGUUACAUCACACCUUCAUGUAUAACGAAUUAUACGUUUGGCCUCAUGUUUAUUAACGACAGCGUCACCUUGUAGCAGAGUUCAGAUAGCUGUCACGUUGUCGAGUUUGUCUUGUACUACCAGUGGUGGGCAUGGCUUGUAGGGCCGUGUCAUGUUGGCUCCAGAAAUUAUGUGGUUGUACAUGUCUCUGAAAACAUGUGCUCAACCCUGCAUGUUGCUGAACCAGGAACCAACUGCACAUCCAGCCAGCCUGCACCCGGAAAGGUUGCUGCAACAUCCUGCCUGUGCUGUCCACACAGACAUGUCCCAACAGAAUACAAGUGCAGUGUCCUACGGAGCAGAUACACACCGCUACUGAGUAUAAUGUUCAUGUUUGUGUUCGUUUGGAAUAAAGACAAGGUGCAUGAUCAGAUGAAUGAAGAGUAGCACCGACUGGAAAAAGGAAAACUGUAUCAGUCACAGUGCGACGAUGAAGGAGCACCCAGCAUGUGUUUAGACAUUUUACAUCUUAUUCAUGGUGUGUUUUAACACAAAGUUCUCCUUCUGACACAUUAGGAAUCUCAGGGCACACAGAGGAAAAACACGUUACUAUCUGUAGAUGAGGAUCAAGAUGUUGAUCACAGAGAUACUUAACUUGCUUUGCCCAGGGGCCACUUUUGCAAAAUGACAGGUGGCCAGUCACAAGAGCCCCACACAGAUCAGCUGUACGCAGGGGCAUUUUUAGGAUAUUAGGACUUUGGCCGGACCUCUGUUGAGAGUCCAGGGGAUCCU